UCAUGUCCAUCCUUCCACUCAACAAUCUUUCUCAUUCUCAAAUUCAAACAGCUCAAAUGGCUCUCCCCGCACUUUCUUUGAUUCUUGCGUUGUCUCUCAUGUCAUUCUUUGCAUCUUCUUGUUUAGCUCGUGAUUUCUCAAUUGUAGGCUAUGCCCCAGAAGACUUGACGUCUAGGGAUAGGAUCAUUGAUCUCUUUGAAUCAUGGAUAUCAAAACACCAGAAGAUUUAUGAGAGUAUUGAAGAAAAAUGGCACAGAUUUGAGAUUUUCAAAGAUAACUUGUUCCACAUUGACGAGACCAAUAAGAAGGUUGUUAACUACUGGCUUGGAUUGAAUGAGUUCGCUGAUUUGAGCCACGAAGAGUUCAAAAACAAGUAUCUUGGCUUGAAUGUUGACUUGUCUAACAGAAGAGAAUGCUCUGAGGAAUUCACAUACAAGGAUGUCUCGAGCAUCCCCAAGUCAGUGGAUUGGAGAAAGAAAGGAGCUGUUACUGAUGUCAAGAACCAAGGUUCAUGUGGUAGCUGCUGGGCCUUUUCAACAGUGGCAGCAGUAGAAGGUAUAAAUCAGAUUGUUACUGGAAAUUUGACAUCCCUCUCUGAGCAAGAGUUGGUCGAUUGUGAUACUACAUAUAACAAUGGAUGCAAUGGAGGACUUAUGGAUUAUGCAUUUGCUUACAUAAUCUCCAACGGUGGACUCCACAAGGAGGAAGAUUACCCAUACAUCAUGGAAGAGGGCACUUGUGAGAUGAGAAAGGCAGAAUCAGAGGUAGUAACCAUUAGUGGAUACCAUGAUGUGCCACAAAACAGUGAAGAAAGCCUAUUGAAGGCACUUGCAAACCAGCCCCUCAGUGUGGCCAUUGAUGCUUCUGGCAGAGACUUCCAGUUUUACAGCGGGGGUGUUUUUGAUGGUCAUUGUGGAACCGAGCUAGAUCAUGGAGUGGCAGCCGUUGGAUAUGGAUCAGCCAAGGGCUUGGACUUCAUCGUAGUUAAAAACUCUUGGGGAUCUAAAUGGGGAGAAAAGGGUUUCAUAAGGAUGAAGAGAAACACUGGCAAGCCCGCAGGACUUUGUGGAAUCAACAAGAUGGCUUCUUAUCCCACCAAGAAGAAGUGACAUGCUAAAUGUCCUAAAUUUGUGUUUUUUCCCUUUUUAUUUACUAUUUCUGAAAUCUGGAUGUCAUGGGGAUGAUGAUGUCUUGUAAUAAUUGAUUUUCUAAAUUCAUGUCCACUCAAGCUCAUGUUUUCUCUGCUA